UGUAGUUAAUGCAUCGGUUACGCUUUUAUUUCUGCUAUUUCCAGAGAAGACAAAAGAUUUUGUCUCUUCCUAUCUCUCUGCAAUUAUUUGUGUUUAAAUGCAAGUUAUAUGCAAAAACUGCUUCGAUUCUCAUGAAACUAUCUAUAUUGAAGAUGGGGAAAUCUGCGGGAAUUAUUUCGAUGGCUCUUUUAUUGUCCCUUUCUUGCUGCUUUGGCUGCUCUCAAGAAGUAGCAAGACUGCGUGCAUAUCCUAGAACUUCAUUUAAUGGGAGUCCAGACAUGGAGAAGGAUCAUUCAUCUCUUUCGUUGCUAGUAGAGGAGUUCACAUUUCCUGCAAAUUCUGCUCCAUUUAAUAGCUGCCACGCAUCUACAAUUGUUGAGGUUGAUGAGGAUCAUUUUCUGGUUGCCUAUUUCGGAGGUACAGCAGAGGGUGCGCCUGAUGUAAGAAUAUGGUUGCAGACCUACAAGGAUGGCUGCUGGCAUUCACCUGUGAUUGCUGAUGAACAACAUAAUGUUCCGAUGUGGAACCCUGUUUUAUUCAAACUUCUAUCAGAUGAGUUGCUGCUGUUCUAUAAAGUUGGCCAGGAAGUCCAAAAAUGGAGUGGCUGCAUGAAGCGAUCAUAUGAUAAAGGUCUUACUUGGUCCAAUAGAGAACAACUUCCCCCCGGUAUAUUAGGACCAUCAAAGAAUAAGCCAAUCUUGAUGGAAAAUGGGCUGUUGCUCUGUGGAUCCUCUGUAGAAAGUUGGAACUCUUGGGGAGCAUGGAUGGAGGUGACGGCAGAUUCCGGAAGGUCAUGGAGAAAGUACGGUCCUAUAUACAUUGAAAAUGAGACUCUCAGUGUGAUUCAACCAGUUCCUUACCAGACUGCGAUGGAGUUUUCGUGUCUAUUGAGAUCCUUUGAUGGCAUGGUAAGU